AUUCUUAUUAUUGAAAAUAAGAUGCGAUAAUAUAUUAACUGUAAAACUGCAGAAUUUUGUAAGAAUAAUCGUAAAAAAUUUUAUAUUUCAAGAGAAAAAUACACUAGAAAAACGAGAUUCGGUCUCAUGAGUAAUAAUAAGGAAGGAUUUAUUGCUGUACAUGUUGGUGCUGGGCAGCACUCGGCGUCACUCAAAGAAAAAUAUCAAAAAUUAUGUCGUGAUGCAUGCAAAGUGGGAGCUCAAAAUUUGAAGUCUAAUGGCAAUGUAUUAGAUGCAGUGGUCGAAGCAGUAAUGAUAUUGGAAGAUUCUCCUAUGACAAAUGCUGGAUUCGGGUCAAAUCUUACAUUGAAUGGCACAGUGGAGUGCGACGCAAGUGUAAUGGAUGGUAGCAGUUUGCAGUAUGGUGCAGUCGGCGCAGUUAGCGGAAUAAAAAAUCCUGUUUUGUUGGCAAAGCAUUUGUGUGAGCAGCAGUCCAUUAAGUUUGCAUAUGGCAGAAUUCCUCCUAGCUUUUUAGUUGGAAAUGGUGCACAUAUUUGGGCACACGAGAUGGGCAUACAAAUUUUACCUCCAGAACAAUUAAUAUCAGUGAAAGCUCAAAAAAUAUAUAAGCAUUAUAAAAGAAAAUUAGAAAGCUGUAGUGCAGAGGUUCAAAAGUGUGCUAAGAAAAGGAUGGACACAGUAGGAGCAAUAUGUGUCGAUAACAAUGGAAAUAUUGCUGCAGCUUGUUCGAGCGGUGGUAUAAUUUUAAAAUAUCCAGGAAGAGUUGGACAAGCUGGAGUAUGGGGUUGUGGUACCUGGGCUUGCAAAGAUACUUCGUAUUCAGUAGGCACUAGUACUUCAGGUUGUGGAGAGCAUCUUGUGCGCACCUCAUUAGCACGUACAAUCGCAGAAGCGAUUUCAGAUACAUCUUGUCCAACUACAAGUUUGCAUCGUGCGAUGAGCACAGAUUUCAUUGAUUCGAAAUUUCUCUGUGGACUUGAACAAAAACUUGGUGGUGUCAUUGCGAUACGAUAUUCUCCACAAGAAGGCUUAGGCGAUUUUCUCUGGAGCCAUUCCACAAAUUCUAUGAUAAUAGGUUAUAUGAAUACAUGUGAACGUGCAUCAAUGAGUUACAUGUCGGCCUUACCAUCACAUGAAGUAGGUAAGAAAGCUAUUGUUGAAGGAGUGUGCUUUAAAUUAGCGGGAUUCGAUAAUAUCUGA